AUGCAUACUGUGAGCUGUGGACAACAGCGUGGUAGGGGUGGUUACAGCUCUGGUGACCCGAGGGUGUCUGGACUAGAGUCUGCCGAAUUGAGGGUGUCUAGUCUAGCUUUUGGUGACCCGAAGGUGUCUAGACUAGCGUACGGUGACCCAAAGGUGUCUGGUCUAGUGUCUGGUGACCUGAGGGUGUCUGGUCUAGCUUCCGGCUACCCGAGGGUGUCUGGACUAGAGUUUGGUGACCCGAGGGUGUCUAGACUAGCGUCCGGUGACCUGAAGGUGUCUGGACUAGAGUUUGGUGACCCGAGGGUGUCUAGACUAGUGUCCGGUGACCCGAAGGUGUCUGGACUAGAGUUUGGGGACCCGAAGGUGUCUAGACUAGCGUCCGGUGGCCCAAGGGUGUCUGGUCUAGUGUCUGAUGACCUGAGGGUGUCUGUUCUAGCGUUCGGUGACCCGAGGGUGUCUAUACUAGCGUCCGGUGACCCGAGGGUGUCUAUACUAGCGUCCGGUGACCCGAGGGUGUCUGGACUAGCGUCCGGCGACCUGAGGGUGUCUGGACUAGCGUCCGGCGACCCGAAGGUGUCUGGACUAGCGUCCGGCGACCCGAAGGUGUCUGGACUAGCGUCCGGUGGCCCGAGGGUGUCUGGACUAGAGUUUGGUGACCCGAGGGUGUCUAUACUAGCGUCCGGCGACCUGAGGGUGUCUGGACUAGCGUCCGGCGACCCGAAGGUGUCUGGACUAGCGUCCGGCGACCCGAGGGUGUCUGGACUAGCGUCCGGUGGCCCGAGGGUGUCUGGACUAGAGUUUGGUGACCCGAGGGUGUCUAUACUAGCGUCCGGUGACCCGAGGGUGUCUGGACUAGCGUCCGGCGACCUGAGGGUGUCUGGACUAGCGUCCGGCGACCCGAAGGUGUCUGGACUAGCGUCCGGCGUCCGGCGACCCGAGGGUGUCUGGACUAGCGUCCGGUGGCCCGAGGGUGUCUGGACUAGAGUUUGAUGACCCGAGGGUGUCUAUACUAGCG